GGCACCUGAAGGCUACUUCCGGGAUAGAAAUGGCGGACGUUGUAAACAGAGCCAACAGUUCAUCGGAGGCCAAAUGAACGUGUUUUUAGGAUGGACGGCGUUGAGGUUGACCGGCUGGACAGUCUGGACGGCUGGGUGGCCGUCAAAAGUAAUAUAUUCGAGGAGAACGAGGCAGUGAAGCUGGGCUUUAUCGUAGAGUGGAACGCCAUCGAGUCAAAGUUCGCCGUCACCUGCCACAACCGAACGCUGCAGCGGCAGAAACGCAAAGCUGAAGUCGAUGCUGGCGAGUCUCCGCUCAGCUGGGCUGGACUCUUCUCUGUCAGCGACUUGAAGCACAUCCACCAGCAGUUCACGUGCGUGGCGGACAUCCUUUGCGCGUGCUUUCCAGACUUGUCUGCGUUUGAAGAAGGCAAUCUGUGGGAGCUGCUGUUUCAAAGCCGGAGGUCAGCUCCGGAGCACGACGACGCCGAGAGGGACUUCGACACGCCGUGCAGGAAACUGGAGAAAUACUUUGUCACAGCGAUCGACUUCUGCGGCCGAAAGAUUGUUCUGGAAACGCUGUUCACUCAAGACGAGCGGGAUGUGGAGGAGUACUUCGAAAACCUGCAGGAGUUCAAGAAGAAGAGCAUGCAGGAGGAGAUGUCGAGGGCGAAGAGUCAGCUGAGACAGUUACUGCAGAGUCACAAAAGUGCUGAUCGAAUGGUAGCAUUACUCGCCAUCUACGAUGAGGAAGAUGAGGCAUACCAGGAGCUGGUGAUGGUUGCCACCACGUUCUUCCAGUACCUGCUGCUGCCUUUCAGGAACAUGAGAGAGCUGGCCUGCCUUUAUAAGAUAGAGAUCCUGAAGUCUUUGGAGUUUGAGGACUUGGGUCCCAAGAGGAUUGCAGCUCUGGAGAAGGAAGCUGAGGAAUGGAGAAUGAAAGCAGAAGAGGCAGCUGCCUCAAUCCAGGACAUCACAGUUACCUACUUUGCACAGACUUCAAAGGCUCUGGCGGGAAUGGUGAAACAGAUGGAGGUGGAUAAGUGUCGUUUUGGACCUGCUGCCUGGGCGUCAGCCGCUCCUCGACUGGAAAAACUCCGAUUCCUGUUAGCCAAAGAGACCCUGCAGCACAUGAGGGCCGCAGAGAUGUGCCUCAACCGCAAAAAAGACACCAUCAGAGAACGGCUUGAGAGCCUGAACUCCAAAGCUGGUUCUGGGUCUUCAAGUGAGAACAACCAGCAGCAAGACUCGCUGGAUCAACUGGAGCUGCAGUUCUAUGAAACCCAGCUGGAACUGUAUGAUGCCAAGUUGGAGAUCCUGAAGAACGAGGAGCAGCUUUUGGUGGCGCAGAUGGACACACUGCGGCGGCAGAUUAAAGAGCUGAGGGAGGAGGUGGUGUACUACGAUGUGUGUGAGGAUCCAGAGGAGCUUCAUAGCAUGAUUCACACAGUCGCUCAGCAGACAGAACCGCCACUUGUCGGUCGGCUCAGAAGACGCCUGCAAACCUUGGAGACUAAAAGAGGCAACAUCUGUGCCCGGAGGGCUUAUCUGCGCCACAAAAAGGAUCAGUGCAUGGAGGCUCAAGAUGAAAAGCAGGCGGCAGCCAAAAAGAGCUCCAUAUUCUUCAACCAGCAUCAUCAGGUCCACCUGAAACGAGAAAACAGGAAGGAGGAGGAGAAGAGGAGGAAAGAGUGGGUGGACCAGGAGCGAGAGAAGACUCUGAACAGAUUACGAUCCUUUAGAGAGAAACGACUGGGUCAGUAUGUCCUGAAGACUCCUCGCUCCAUGCUGACCCCUCCAGAGGCUUCGUGUCCCUUGCAGCCGAUGUCCAUCAUCAGCUUCUCUCCAUGUGCCUCCUCUGAAGAGCAACCCUCCACCCACCCGGCACCGCGGCGCAACAAACCGACUAAAAAACAGCGACCCGAAGACAUCCCCGUUCAGAUCUUCUCUGGACCUCCUCCCCCUUCUCCUUUCACCUGCCCUUCUGCCCCGCCACCACCUCCACCCCCACCACCCCCACCACCUCCGCCUCUUCCUCCUGCCAUACCUACUCUGCAUGUCCAAACCUCACCUUCCCCCGAAGACGCACCCAAGCCUCUCAGUGAAAAAGAAGACCCUCCGUUUCCCGCCAAAAGCACGCUCAAACAGAACUUAGGAACAAUGGAUGAAGUGUUGGCUUCGCUGCAGCGUGGACAGAUUAAGCUUCGCAAGGUCCCCAAGACAACAGCCCCAUCCGAGGACACGAGAAGCAACCUGAUGUCUGCCAUCCGGCAGGGAGUCACCCUGAAGAAGGUCGUUGCUGGAAAAGCAGAUGUCCAAAACAGUGGAGACAACGAGCUGGAGCGCAGCAUCAAAGCUGCCAUGAUGAGGAUGAAGAAGGUCGCGGCAGACUCGGACACCGGUGACGACGACGAUAUGCAGAGCACAGACUGGGACAGCUGAGGACUCCGACCCGCUGCCGCCUGUUGGCUUCAUUGAUGUGAGAUCCAGCUUUUGGAGCUGCCAGAUUCUCACCACAAAGCUGCUUCUUGACAAGGCUGGGAUUACGCCUCCACCGCCAUGAAUACUGCAGCUUGUUGAAGGUGUCGCACUGUAAUCCUCAAAGUAGCCCUGAGACGCCGUUAUUAAUCCACAACGCCUUCCAGCCAAGGAAGUUGCAAAGUCAUGGUUUCAUAUUUUAUAAAACGCUUUCUGGUUUGCAAAAUCCCCAAACUGAAUGGCAGGAUGAGAGGAUUUUCUUUAGGUGCAGUGUGAAAAAAAAUGCACAUUUUUCUGAUUUGUUUGUUUAAUGAGGCUCAGCUGGAAGUCCCUAACACAACGCACUCUUUUAUUUCCUUAUUUCAUUGUGGAUGUCAUAAAAUCCUAACACUAGUUUGAACUGACUGUAAAAAUGAAAUGUUUUAUUGCUAUAUAAAAGGAAUGUGAAGAUUAAAAGAUCACUGUAGAAGAUGCUGUCCCUGCUUCUUGUUUAGACAGAAACAGAAAAAAAUGCACAGAACUAAUACAAUUAGAAAAGGAAAAAAAAGUCAGCUGUAUUACGUUUGUAAUAAAUGAAUCUACAACAAAA